AUGGCUGGUGGUGGGAAAAGGAAGAGGUUGAGUUUAAGCAAACUGUACUCGUUUGCAUGUGGAAAGACAUCUUUAAAGGGUGAUCAGUCCCAGAUGGGAUCACCUGGAUUUUCAAGGGUAGUUCAUUGCAAUGAGCCAGACUGUUUUGAGGCCAAGAUUAGGAAAUAUAGUAGCAACUAUGUUAGUACUACAAAGUACAAUGUUGCUACUUUCUUGCCCAAAUCAUUGUUUGAGCAGUUUAGAAGAGUGGCUAACUUCUAUUUCUUGGUUGUGGGUAUCGUGUCCUUCACUCCUCUUGCACCUUUCACUGCUGUCAGUGCUAUUUUCCCCCUUAUUGUUGUUGUUGGAGCUACCAUGGUUAAAGAAGGUAUUGAAGAUUGGAAGAGAGCUAAGCAGGAUAUUGAGAUGAACAAUAGAAAAACUAGAGUGCACCAGGGUGAUGGAACUUUCAAAUCUACUGGAUGGAAGAAUCUGAGGGUGGGAGAUAUAGUGAAGGUCAAGAAGGAUGAGUACUUUCCAGCAGACCUCCUCUUGCUUUCAUCUACAUAUGACGAUGGAAUCUGCUAUGUUGAGACCAUGAAUCUGGAUGGAGAGACGAAUUUGAAACUGAAACAGGCAGUGGAGGCAACUGCAUUCAUGCAUGAGGACUCUUACUAUAGGGAUUUCAAGGCUGUUAUCAGAUGUGAAGAUCCAAAUACAAAUUUGUACUCCUUCGUUGGAACUCUGGACUUCGAACAGAACCUGUAUCCCCUCUCUCCUCAACGGCUUCUCCUCAGAGACUCAAAACUCAGAAAUACAGAGUAUAUUUACGGGGCAGUUAUCUUCACUGGACAUGACACAAAGGACUUGGACGGCCAGAGGAUGAAAAGGUGGUAUCUCAAACCAGAUGACUCUACGGUGUACUUUGACCCUAAAAGAGCAGGAAUGGCAGCACUUUGUCACUUUCUGACUGCUCUCAUGUUAUACAAUUACUUCAUCCCAAUCUCCUUGUACGUGUCAAUAGAAGUCGUCAAGGUUUUUCAGAGCAAUUUCAUCAACAACGAUAUCAAUUUAUACUACGAGCCAGCUGACAGGCCAGCACAUUCUCGCACCUCAAAUUUGAAUGAGGAGCUUGGGCAAGUUGACACAAUACUUUCUGAUAAGACUGGAACAUUGACCUGCAAUUCCAUGGAGUUCAUCAAGUGUUCUGUCGCUGGGGUUGCUUAUGGCCAUGGGGUUACAGAGGCUGAGCGGGGAAUGGCUAUGAGAGAAGAUGAAAGCAUGAAUGGUUGGGAUCAAAGCAAGAAUUCUUCCACUACAAAACCACACAUUAAAGGCUUUAAUUUUAAAGAUGAAAGAAUUAUGGAUGGGAACUGGAUCCAUGAGCCCCAAGCUCACAUCAUCAAAAAGUUUUUCCGCUUGUUGGCAAUCUGCCACACUGCUAUACCUGAUGUGGAUGAAGAAACAGGGAAGAUUUCGUACGAAGCUGAAUCACCAGAUGAAGCAGCAUUUGUGAUUGCUGCAAGAGAAAUUGGUUUUGAAUUCUACAAAAGGACUCAAACAAGUGUCGCAGUGCGUGAGUACAAUCCAAAGACUGGGGGAAAUGCAAGAAAGCGGAUGUCUGUGAUAGUAAGAAACGAGGAGGGAAAGCUACUAUUACUUUGUAAAGGUGCCGACAGUGUCAUGUUUGAAAGGCUUGGUAAGAGUGGUAGGAAGUUUGAAGAAGAGACCAAGAAUCAUGUGCAUGACUAUGCUGAUUCUGGCCUAAGGACCCUAAUUCUUGCCUAUCGUGAACUUGAUGAAGAAGAAUACAAAAUUUUUAACCAGAAAUUCACUGAGGCUAAGAAUUCAGUUAGUGCAGAUCGGGAAACACUGAUUGAUGAAGUGGCAGAGAAGGUUGAGAGGAAUCUAAUUCUUCUUGGCGCCACUGCUGUUGAGGAUAAACUCCAAGAAGGGGUUCCUGCCUGCAUAGACAAACUUGCUCAAGCUGGAAUUAAGAUGUGGGUUUUGACUGGAGACAAAAUGGAGACUGCCAUCAAUAUUGGCUUCUCCUGUUGUUUGCUUAGACAAGGAAUGAAGCAGAUCAUAAUCAAUUUGGAGAGUCCAGAGAUCCUAUCAUUGGAAAAAACAGGGAACGAGGAUGCCCUUGCUAAGGCAUCAAAGGAAAGUGUUCUUCGUCAAAUAAAUGAUGGAAAGGCGCUGAUUACUGGACCGAGUGGAACUGCUGAGACAUUUGCAUUGAUAAUUGAUGGAAAAUCACUUGCUUAUGCAUUAGAGGAUGAUGUGAAGCAUUUGUUGCUAGAGCUUGCUAUGAGUUGUGCAUCUGUGAUUUGUUGCCGUUCAUCGCCUAAACAGAAAGCACUGGUUACAAGACUAGUCAAAUCUGGAACGAGGAAAACAACAUUAGCAAUUGGCGAUGGUGCUAAUGACGUGGGUAUGCUUCAAGAAGCAGAUAUUGGGGUUGGAAUCAGUGGUGUUGAAGGAAUGCAGGCUGCCAUGGCAAGUGAUGUUGCAAUUGCUCAGUUUCGUUAUUUGGAGCGUUUGCUACUUGUACACGGUCACUGGUGUUACAGGAGGCUCUCAGCUAUGAUAUGCUACUUCUUCUACAAGAACAUUGCCUUUGGUUUCUCCAUUUUUCUAUUUGAGGCAAAUACCUCAUUUUCCGCACAGCCUGUAUACGAUGAUUGGUUUUUGUCAUUUUACAACGUGUUCUUCACGGCUCUUCCAGUUGCUGCUUUGGGUAUCUUUGAACAAGAUGUAUCUGCUGCAAGUUGUCUCAAGUAUCCUCUACUAUACCAAGAAGGUGUGAAAAAUCUCCUCUUUGGCUGGCGCCGAGUACUUCAUUGGCUGGGUAAUGGGUUCUACACUGCAAUAGUCGUUUUCUUCUUCUGCUCAACUGCACUGCAGCACCAAGCGUUUAAUCGUGACGGAAAGACUGUUGGGAUGGAUGUUUUAGGAGGAACCAUGUAUACUUGCAUUGUGUGGACUGUGAACUUGCAGAUGGCACUGACCAUUUGUUACUUCACCAAAAUACAGCGUGGCCUCAUUAUUUAUUGUCUUACUAUGCUGUACCUUUUCUUCUUGGCAUUUGGGUCCCUGUCUCCAAAAAUGUCUGAAAGUGCUUACAAACUCUUCACAGAAGCCCUUGCCCCAGCUGCUUCUUACUGGUUUACUAUGAUAUUUGUGAUAGUCGCAGGACUGUUGCCCUUCUUUGCAUAUUCAGCAAUUGAAACGAGGUUCUUCCCUAUGUACCACCAGAUGAUACAAAGGUUAGAGAGUGGGAAACACGAAGAUGAUCCUGAGUACUGUGAUAUGAUGCGACAAAGGUUAUUACAGCCACCGACGUCAGUAGGUUUCUCAGCACGCUUGGCAGCACGAGCGAAUAAGUUAAGGCGUAAGAAUAAAAAUCAGCCACAAUAA